GAACGGACGGAUGACACAUAGGCGUUCAUGCGCUCGUGCGAAUGGGAAUGGCAUUUUCGGUCCGAACACAUUCCACCCACCCAUCAGAUUGGCUCACACGCAGAAGAGAUAAGGCAAGGCUCAAAAAGUUCGACCCACAAACCGCCCUAUCUCACAACCAAAUGCAGCGGGCAGCUCAGCAAGGAAGUCAAUCGGUCCGGACCUUCUUAGCCCAGCCCGGACACGCAAAGGCUCAGCCCCGCCCGCAGUCAGACGGAAAAAGAGGCAGCAAAGGGAGGGAGGGAUACACUCACACCACACACACGGACAAAUCGGCCACAGCAUGACAUCACGGAGGAUGCAUCAAGGAAAUGCAGCAAAACCCUUCACGGCUGCAUGAGCACAAUUGACUCUAUUCCCCGGCUCCCUCUCCACCUCCCCCACCCACCACCCCAUAUGGCUAUCUAUCCCGUUUCCCCUUUGUCGGCGCGCUUCAGUCGGCGCACGUUGUCCAUGGCCUCCUCCACCGUCAUGCCAACCGAGAAGAACCCAUGACCCUUCCGAAUAUACACGCGGUACUCCGGGUAUGGGUAUGCCUCCGUCAGCUCCUCGAGUGCGGUUAGAUCUUCCGGCGUUGAGAAGAGGGUCUCGUGUUUGCUGAUGGGCAGCCCGUUGAGGAGUGCGUCCGCCUCGCUGCUGAACAUGUGCCCGUGGAUAGCCACACGAGGCAUGAUGUGGUCCUUGUGGCCGACGGCCUCCUUCCCCUCUCCCUCGCCCGUCCCGUUGUUCAUCAGUGCCGCGUAGAGCAGCGGUGUGUCGCUCGUGGGCUUCUCGGCAGGCGUCAUGGACAGGUAGUGCACUCGCCACUCCUGGCGAUCGAAUCCCACGACGAUCACAAAAUCCCCCUGGUCGAUGCUCGGCCGAUGAUGUGCGGGCUUGCCCGACUUGGUCACGACCAGAACGGUCCCAUACCCCUCCAGCGGAGUGUCGGUGAGGUGCUCGUGAGUGACGAUGAAUGCCGCGUUGCCCCCCACGAGCCCAUCGGGCAGAAUGGGCAUGCAACCCGCUCUCUCCAGCUCAACGAGGGCGUCGGCGAGCUCCCCUGCCAGUCCGAUGAAGGAAGGGUUUGCCUUCACCGCUCCGGGAAUGUCCCCCACUCGCUCCACCUUAAAUUUGACGCGAGGUCCCCCCAUAGUAAGCAGAACCUCCUCUUUGGACGUCAUGUGGUCUAGAUACCCAGCAUACACUGGCGGGCGGCGCUCCCGCAGUUCGCUUCCAUGGUGGGGAAGUACCUGAUCAAUGAGCAACGCAACACACGAGGGGAAUAGAGAGGAAAGUAACCUUACUGUUGUGUGUGUCCACCCCCAACGACAUACCAUGCGAUAGCUGCGAAGAUGAAGAUCAAGAAGAUAGAAAAAAGAGUGCUCAUAGUGGCCGGCUGGUUGACGGCAACUUGUGUUGUGUGGGGCUGCUUGAAGAACUGCGAGUAACAGAGAAUGUGAUGAUGACCUUCUUCGCCG